AUGGCCGUGCGCCUCCCUGAGCGCCUGCAACAGGCCGCCAUGCUAGCCCCAGGGGGGAUUAUGCAGAGACUCCGGGAGGACGUGACCUGCUCUAUCUGCCUGGACAUCUUGGACGACCCCGUCUCCAUCGAGUGCGGCCACAACUUCUGCCAGGGCUGCCUCGCGACUCACUGGAGCCAGCAGGGGUCGGGGGCUCAGCGGGAGCAGGGGCGCCCGGUGCAGCUGGUGCAUUUGGACGAGGAAGGGGGCCUGACCCUGGAGGAGGAGGCCCUGAGCCGCUGCCUGGAGCAGGGUGGGGUGGGGGACGCCCCCGUCUGCCUGGUGUCCAUCAUCGGGGAGCAGCGCCGGGGCAAAUCCUUCCUGCUGAACUACCUGCUGCGCCGGCUCCGGAGCCCGGACGCAAGGGACGACUCAUGGAUGGGCCGGGAGGAUGAGCUCCUGGAGGGGUUCGAGUGGCGCGCUGACAUGCAGCGAGUCACCAAGGGGGUGUGGGCCUGGAGUCAGCCCUUCUGGAUCCCUGACAAGGGGGGAAAGGUGGCCGUGCUGCUGGUCGACACCGAGGGCUCCAUGGACAUUGAAAGGAACAAGGAGACCUGCAUCAAACUCUCCGCCAUGUCCAUGCUGCUCAGCUCCUACCAGAUACUGAACAUUGGCUGUCGGGUGAAGGAUCCGGAUUUCGAAUACCUGGAGAUGUUUGUGCAGGUCGCCGAAGUGGUUGGAAAGGAAUAUGGACUGGACCCCAUUCAGAUGCUGGCGGCGACGUCCCCUUGCAAACACCCCAAGGCCUUGGAAGCGCUGAAGAGAAUCAGCACCUGCUGUUACCUGAUGCCCUUCCCCGGCAAGCGGAUCAUGAUUGAGAACGAGGGAACCCUGAGAGACAUGGAUGAGGAUUUCCGGGAGAGCCUUAGGGACUACAUCACUGCGCUGGUGGGCUCGGCCGGUCGACACGCCCGGACGGACCGGCAUGGGGAGCUGCUCACCGGGACACAGCUCGCUGCCAAGAUAAAGAAUUUAUCUGAUAUGAUGAAGAAACAUCGCUCCCUCUUCUCCUCUCCCUGUCAGAUGGCCAUCACCUUCCACAACCAGAGAGUCCUGGACAGAGCCCGUGCAGACCACGCUGUGUUUCUGAGAGAGAAGGACGGCGACUCCCAGAACAUGAUCGACUGCCUGAAGGUGCAGCCCAGCAAGAUGGCGCAGCAGUUCGCGGAGUGGCGCGGGCAGUUGCUGUGGCGGUGCCAGACCGACAUGCAGCAGCCGGCGCCGGAGACAGAGGCCCGGCUGACGGAGCUGGAGGAGGAGCUGAAGCAGGAGGCUGAGACCUUCCUGGAGACCUACAGGAAGCGCUUCAAGAAAUUUGUCAUUGUGGCGGGCGUGGGCGCGGGGGUGGUGGUCCUGGCACCCGUGGGUGGAGCUGUCGGUAUCGGGGUCGCCGCUGCUGCGCUCGGUAUGGCUGAGGCGGCAGCCAUUGGCGCUGGAGUGGGCGCUGUGGCUGGGAUGUGUGUAGGCGGGGGCGUGGGUGGGGGAGUCGGUGGCAAUAUCUCCCAGAAGGAUAAGGAGAGGGCCGAGGCCACCGCCGGCCAAAGGGAGCAGGGGGACAACACUGAGGAGCAGUCCGAUGAGGCUCCUCUGAUCUGA